CCACGACGCACCGUCGGUCGGACCCCAAUCAUCGUACCCAGAUCCUCGUCGCAAUACAUAUAACAACCGAACGAAGAUGACAAAACGGCGCCGGGACCAGGAAGACGAGGACCACGACCACUUCUACGACUCAGAGGACGAGAGGCUUCGCAGCGUGUCGCCCGCGACGCCCGCGACGCCCUCAAGGCCCCCGCGACUUAUACUAUGCCUUUCGAAAUAUUAAACGAGUAUGUUAAUCAAGGUGUUAUCGACUUGAACGCGGUUUAUCAGAGGGAGGUCGUAUGGAAUGAAGCGAAACAGGGUCAUCUCAUUGACUCAUUGGUCAAGAACUAUUACGUUCCACCAGUGAUCUUUUCCAUCAGACCACGGGACGACCUAGACGUGCGAGUCGCCAUCGACGGCAAGCAACGCAUCACCUCCAUAAACCGCUUCAUGGUAGGCCUCAUCCCGCAAAUCGAUUCUUUAACGGGCGAGCGGAUAUGGUACCGCCACUCCGGCCACUCCUCGGCGAGAAGCAGGAGGAUGACCGCGGAUGAGCGCAAGGAGUUUGAUAAGAAGGAGAUCAUGUGUGUCGAGUAUCGGAGCUUGACAGAUGACCAGGAGCAGGAGAUUUUUAGGAGGGUGCAGUUGGGGGUGGCAUUGACCACGGCAGAGAAGAUGUGGGCUGUACCAGGACCAUUAGCCGACCUCGCGCGUGACCUCACCGAUUCCUUCCCAACACUCUUCGCCCAAGUCGAAUCCCGCCGCAAAUACUCCUUCCAGCUAGUCCUCAUCAUCAUCCUCAUCAUCAACAAGCGCCCCGACAAGCUGCCGAGCAGGCCCCUCAUCGAGAAAGAAAUGGCCAAGAAGGAACCGAUCGCUAAGGAACAUGUGGUGCUGGUCGAGAGCGUUCUGCAGGUCUUUGCGACGAUGGUGGAGGAGGCGAGCCAUGUGUUCAGUGUGCCGACUAAGAUGGCUCCAAUAGAAUUGAUAAUGAGCACCUACAUCAUCGCUGAAAAAGACGAAGCAUCUCUCCCGGAGCUGCGCGACUAUAUCCUCACCAUGCGCAAAAAGACAAGGGAGAAGUUCAUCGAUGUGCGCACUAACGCGAAGACUUUUAAACAUAUGAAGGAGGUUAUUGAUGCGUUUGAGUGAGCUGGCGCGUCAAGGUUUACGGCCGCGCCGUUUUUGGGAGGGCAAACAACCACAAUACCUUGGCGGAACUCUGCGGUGAGGGGCUUUGAGAGCACCUCACCCGAGCAGAGGAAG